GAUUGAUAUAAAUAUAAUAAAAUUUACUUUUAUAGUAAGCAGAUAGCUAAUGUCAAAAAAUUCUUGCGAUACAAGUGAGCUACCUCGCGUUAUUGUUUUCGAUCUUGAUGGUACUCUAUGGAAUCCAGAAAUGUAUCAGCUGAGCGGUGGUGCACCAUUUUGCCCAGACGAAAAAAAUCCUAAUAUCAUGAUUGAUCGGAGUGGCACAAGAGUUUGUCUUAUCGGUGAGACUAGAAAUGUUCUUCAGGAUCUCAUUUUAAACCCCCAGUGGAAGGAUACAUACUUUGCGAUUUCCUCAACUUGUGAUUUUCCGGAGUGGGCGGCAAGCCUUCUUGAGUUGUAUAAAUUUAAGAAUGCAGAGGGCAAAUCAGUUCCCAUGGGAUCUUUGUUUUCCGAUUUAAAGGAAAUUUAUUAUGCCGGAAAGGAUGAACAACAUAGAAGAAUUCUUAAAAAGGUUCGACAAAUUGACAAUAGUGUGACCGACUUUUCUCAAAUGCUAUUUUUUGAUAACCAGAGAAAUAAUAUUAGUGCAGUAUCUAAGCUUGGAGUGGCUUGCUGCUAUUGCCCUGAUGGUCUUGUUCCUGGAACUUUUCAAAAGGGGUUAGACCUGUGGCGCAAAAAUUAUUUGGCAUCCUUGUAAAUUUUUCAUGUAGCAUUGUUUGAUUACAUAACUGCAUUUUAUAAAUAUAUAUCAGCUUUAUUAUGCAAUAAUAAUAAUACUAGUAACAAUAAUUGCAACAAUACAAAAUAUAAAAAAAA